AACCUUUCAAUCCAAAAAUAUCCCUAAACCAUAAACCCUCUUUCUUUCCCCUCGACUCAACCUUCAACUUACAAAAGCCCUAAUCCAAAAAUACUCACCAUGAGCUCCUUCACGAACAGCACCAGCAAUUUUGAUAAUCUCCUGCUUCAGACCUUGAUGGGUCGCCUUCAAAUCAGGCCAACAAACGGCAACGUUUCCAGUCCUUUCUUCACUCAGGAGGCCCUCGAAGACCUUCUCUUUGACGCAGCCAAUCUCUCAGAUUCUUCAUCCGAUGAUGACUCAAACAAAACACAACUCUCCAAAGAAGAAUCGAAGCUCGAAAAAGAGAUAAUCAAGAUCAUCCUGUCUAGUAAGAUUGAAUUGCUUAAGCCCAACUCAGGCCAAGCUGUUACGAUUGGGGAACACCACAUCUGUGUCGGAUAUCACGAGGAAACGGGUUCGGAUUAUCGGGUCUGGGAGUGGCACGGGCAUAUAAUGUUUUUUGACGAGGAAAAUGGGUACUCGCCUGAGUACAUAUAUGGGAAUUAUUUUGAGAGGUUGCAGGGGAAAGUGACACGUGCCAGUGGCGCUGUUGAAAAGGAGAAAGAAGAUGAAGAAGAAGAAGAGGAGGAAGAAGAGGAAGAGCAAGUAGGGAAUUUGGGGUUGAGAGAACUGAUUGAUAGUACGGAUACGAAUGCGGGUCGGAUCCUUCAUCGGAAUGUGAAUAAGAGUUCUCCAAGGUUUUAGUUAAGAGGUUUGUCUUCUGUCUGCACAAGAGGUUUUCAGUGUUAAACUGGAUGGCUCCGCUCAGUGCCUUCGUCCAAUUACUAAUUAAAAGAUUGUGGCAGCAGUCAUGAAUUUCCCCACCAUUGCCGGAGCAGUUCCAAGGUUUCAUCUGGUGUCUUAAAUAGUUUCUAUAUUUGAAUUUCAGAAACAUGUUGGACAGCGUAGAAGAUAUUGGUUUUUCAUGAUGAGACUAGUCUCCUGAUUUAAGAGCUGAAUAAAUGUGUGAAUCAUUAUCUUUAUUUACUUUGUAAAGACGAUUGCUAAUAGCACAUUUUCACUCUCACUCUCCGCAUGACACAAGUUUGAAUGUCUUUUAUACGCUAUGUCAAUAGGAGAGUGAAUGGAUGAUGAAUUUUGACACAAGUGAUUUUGUUUCAAAA